UGGCCCUUAUCUUUCGAAAUUGUGCCUUAUUAUUCAGAAAUUUUGAUUUGAGUGCACAAGGCUGGCUUCUUCUUUAGACCGAGCUCCCAACUUUUUAGAUUAUCUUUGAGCAACUGAAAGAGAUUCAAUAAUAACUGCUUAUAUCAGUGAAAGCCCCACACAUUUUUGUCUGCCGGAAUCGCCUUUAUUUUUAGAAUCAAUACUUCUUUCCUGAGGAUUGUGAAAUAAACUGCGCCGAUUUGGGGAAAAGACGGACGAGGGGCUACUUUCGGAAAGGUUACGCUGGGACGAGUAUAGUUAUAUUCGCCCUAUGUCGUGCGCCGAAGGGGCCAGAAGGUAUUCGCACUACGCUUGUCGUGCCUACAAGACAUCAUCCGGUAUUCGCACUACCACAGCGGAGCGUAGGGCGAACAACAAACACUUUUGUGCGUAUUUUAAAGCGUCCGUUAUUAGCCCGACGACUAUCGUGUCACAUAAAUAAAACUUUUAUAUUUAACAAUAUACGCGUAAUAUCUGUUAUUUACUCACCAUUAUGUCAGAUAAGUAUUCUAUCUUUUUCUCACUUUGUUUAUAUGUGUCACUAACCUCCACAUUUCAGGUGGAAAUUUUGGACAAAUUUCUUUUGGCGGUUUUUUUUUUGCUUAAAGGUUGCCUUGAACUAAAUUCAAGUUGAAGGCCUGCUUCUCGUUUCUCCACGUGUUUCGGGGUAGUCCACGAAGUGGUUUACUUGCUCUGUGGUAACAGCUUCAAGCAGUUGCAGUGUAAGGAUGGAGGAAACUUCUUGGAAACCAUCGCUCCAUCAGACUUUCAGUAGCUUCGAGGAAUUUGAAAAUUUAUUAAAGGGUUACAGUGAUAAAAGUUUUACUGAAUGGGUCACCGGGAAUUCUCGGAAGGUGGAGGCAGAAAAUAAGGUCUUGGAAGCUCGCGGUGCGCCACCAAUCGAUCCAAAAUUUAGAUACAAGUAUUACACCCUCACAUGUAAAUGUGGGGGCAAGGAUCGAACUGGGACUGGUAAGGGCAUCCGUGUCAACCAAAGCACUUUUAAGAUUGGAUGCCCAGCCAAAAUUCUGAUGAAGUAUGAGAAAACCUUAAAAAAGCUUCAAAUUUAUGAAGUUAACCUCUGGCACAGUCAUCCAGUCACGCCAAAUAUUAAGGCGUCCUUUCCUGAGUCCAGAAGACUAGACAAUGAUGAAGAAAAGGCAGUGCAAAAUUUGCUCAAGGCAAAAGUGAAGCCUACCAUGAUAAGAAAUCUACUAGGAAAUGUGACAUCUAAAAAGCUUACUUCUAGGGACAUUGCCAAUCAAAGAGCUAAAAUGAAGAAAGAAGCCCUCAGUGGACGGACAGAGGAAGAAAAACUGUUGGACGUCCUUCAGGAACUUACGGAUGUAGAUCCAGAUUCUAAUAUUCACAUUGGUCAAGAUAAUGGUGGCAACCUUGAAUUUCUUUUUUUCCAAACAUCUGAGAUGAAGAAGAAUAUGCAGAAAUACCCCUCUGUUGUUAUCAUGGACACCACAUAUAAGAUAAACAAGAAUCAGAUGCCUGUUGUGGUGUUCAUGGUGAUGGAUGGAAAUGGCAGUGGCCGCGUCGGUGGUUAUGCAUUUGUCGCGAAUGAAAUCAAAAUAACUUUGAAGAAAGUGCUUGAGGCACUAAAGAAAUCUCUUGGUGAAGAAACCGUUGAAAAAAUCAAGGUGGUUGUGGUGGAUAAGGAUUACUCCGAGAUUGGCGCCUUAAAAGCUGUGUUCCCACACUGCAGAAUUCAAUUGUGCGACUUCCAUGUCUCUAAGUCAUUCCAGAAGAAGGCUAAUGAACUGCAUGAGCCGAAAGUAGUGCUUGAAAUUCUUACCAAGAUGAGAUAUUGCACAAAUGAUCAAAGCUUUCAGAAUUUAGUUGCAGAAUUGAAAAAGGCUGCAAGCCAGAAAAUGUAUGAGUAUUUUGAGAACAAUUGGCUGAAAAUCAGUGAGGGGUGGUCAUUAAGAGACCGUCAUGAUUGUUUGGGCAAUACCACUUCUAAUAGGCUUGAGAAUCACAAUGGGAAGAUAAAAAUGAUUCUUUGAUGGGGAAAAUGUGGAAAUAUCAGAGACCAUUUGCUGUAACAGUCAUCUGAUUUUAUUUCACUUUAUAAAUGUCUGACUUGAACAUGAAUUAGUGCGUGCCUGAAAGACAACAUUGUGUGCACCAGAACUCGGGGUUUUCUUGUUUACACCCCUCGAGACAAGGGGAAAUCACUGUGAAUUUCGGUGUACUACAAAUGAAUUUCAGUCGCAUUUCGAUGAAUUUCAGUCGAAAUUCGAUGAAUGUUAGUCGAAAUUCGAUGAAUUUUAGUCAAAAUUUGUUGAAUUUCAGUCAAAAUUCGAUGAAUUUCGGUCGAAAUUCGAUAAAUUUUCCUGAAUUUUAGUGAAUUUUACAUAUUUGAUGAAUUUUGGAGUACAAAUUUGGCUGGAGUUAUUUCCCCUUGCCUCGAACGGAAUGCUUGGCACUUCUCUGCACCGUAGCGCGUAGCGCAGACGGGGCUCUAACAAUACCGUAAGCAGGUGUGCUCUGUCAAGGUGUCCGCCCCCACGCUCCGCGUCAACGCCACCGAGUUCACGUCGGCCGAGCUGACGUCUGGACAGGUGGAGUACACCCACGACGACUCCGAGUCCCAGCACGACGCGUUCCACUUCGUGGCCAUGUCCAGCGAG